AUGUGACGGAAUAACAGUAGGGAAUAUCAGUGACAUAUUUUAUUAAUGUUAACUGUACGCAAAUCAGUAAACCGAUUUCAUUCAACAGCUAAUACGAUGUGAUCAACCAUUUCCAACUACUCCACUCCAUCAAAAUAAUAUCGCAGUUUAAAAAAAAAUUAUGAUAUUCAUUGAUAAAUGCAACAUUACUCCGUAAUCUCCAAAACUCUGAGAGAAGGAUAUACGGCCUUCGGACCACAAGUCACAAUAAUUAAUAACAAGAUCCGUUAUGUUGUGAUGUAAUAUCUUUGACUUUGGGUGUUAUCAUGUUAUGUUUUCGUUCGAGUGAAAGAGGUGAAUCUCAACGGGUUAUUAUGAAAACAAAUGUUAUUGUCGUUUCGUGUUAAGGGGUGUAGCUGUUAAAUUGUAAACGCGUGGGUGUCCUGAAGGUGGUGCUCAUGCGGUCUAGCUAGUCAUAAACUGAAAAUGGCUGAGGGUGGCACGUCUGCUGAGCCAAAUAAAAUAAAGAUGUCAGCGAAAGAAGAGGACAAAGAAGAGCGCGCAGCAGCAACUGGAAAUAAGGAACAAGUAUUUGAAGGCCCGCAGAUUCCAGAAUGUGCAGUUUGUCUCCAAACGUGUAUACACCCCGCCCAGCUUCCUUGUGGACAUAUCUUCUGCUUUCUGUGUGUAAAAGGUGUUGCCAAUCAGAGCAGAAAAUGUGCAAUGUGCCGUCAGGAAAUUCCACCGGAUUAUUUGGAAAAACCUCAGCUUGUCGAAGUCAGUGGACUAGAAAAGGAGACUGUUAGCUUCGAUGAUGGGUACCAGUGGUUUUAUGAAGGAAGGAAUGGUUGGUGGCAGUAUGAUGAACGGACCAGUCACGAAUUGGAGACAGCUUAUAAGAAAGGGGAAAGGAUUUGUGAAUUGCUCAUAGCAGGCUUCCUUUAUGUAGCUGAUUUUGAUGACAUGCUGCAAGUUCGACAAAAUGACCCAUCCAGGCGGAGACGUAUAAAACGUGAUCUCGCUACCAUUCCAAAGAAGGGUGUGGCUGGGCUUAGGCUUGGAUCUGGCACAGGAGAAGAUCGCCCGAAGAGUCCCACGCCCCAAUCCCUAACUGCCACAGGACAGAGUGAUGGUGCAACCACACCUGUGCCACCCACAAAUACACCACAGACUCCUGCUGGUGGUGCAACCAGUGGAAGCACCACACCAGACAGACACCUUUCAUUACGACGUGCUAUAGAGCAAAUACGGAUCCUCAGUGUGCGCCACCAUUCUUCGUCAGAGAGCAGUGGCAGUGGGGAUGAAGACUCUGCACUCCCAGAUUUGUCUGCUGCUACUGCUGCCAUAAUUAACUUUUCUUCAAACUCAGAUAGCAGGCUAUAGGUGAUUUUUUGAACUCCAUAGAAUAAUUAUUAAGUUCUUUUUUCUUUCCUUUCUCUGUCUCAUCUGGAACUUGACUGUGAUUGUAAAUGAGCAACGAUUUGCUAUUUGUUAAGAAUACCAUCCCCCUCGUCCCUCCCCUGUCCUGUAGAUGGAUAAAAUACUGUCAAAGGCAAUGCCAGAAAAGAAUGUCUUGUGAUUAGAAACAGUAUUAAACAAGGUAGUGAAUUUGUGUGUUAGCUAUUUAUUUUUGUCUUAUGUCAUAAAGUUUUGAAAUGUCCUUUAGGAGCUACUGGCAGCAUCCAAAUAACAGAGAUGUUUUUAUAGAAAGCAUGAGAACGUUUUAGAUUGAUGGUGCCACAUUGUUAUAUACGUAAUUGCCAGUGUAUGUCAAGUGGACACAAGCUGUAAUGUACUAUAUAACUUUGAUAGAAAAAGCCAUGAAAUUGUAUUAAUACAUUAUUUUUGUCCAAAAUUUUUGCAAGUGUUGAAAUAUUAAUUGUGCCAGUGCCAUGAGCAUAGAGUUGAUAAGACGUAAUUUCUAGAAAAUAAAGAUAGAUAUGUAUAUGAUAGUUAACAUUUUUUGUUUAACUUAUGUAU